AUGGCAGAUUCAGGAGAAUCUCAACAGCCUGAACAAGUAUGCAGCUUUUUCAGAAAGCCAACUAAGGGGAAGAACAUCAGGAAGAGAGCAGUAGAAGACGAUGAUGCCGAGGAUCCAAAAACCGACAGCUCUUUCUUAAACUAUCAGAAGAAGGUGCCAAAGUCUUAUAACAAGCUAUACUUCUCGACAGGACCUUCCAAGAGCUCAAAGCCAUCUGAUUCCAACUCGGACAACAAUGAGAAAUCCAUCUUUCAGUUUGAGUCUUCAAAGGAAAUUCAGGUACAAAAUGACAGUAGGGCAACAGCAACUCUGGAAACCGAGACAGACUUUGGAAGAGAUGCAAGGGCCAUACAUGAAAGAGCUCUUAAGAAAGCAGAGGAGGAUCUGAAGGGUAACAAACAGAUUUCUUCAGGCGGCAAUGAGAAGCUGUACAAAGGAAUUCAUGGGUAUACAGAUCACAAAGCUGGAUUUAGAAGAGAGCUAACAAUCGCAAGUGAGAAAGCUGGUGGAUCACAUGGGCCACUUAGGGCAUCUGCACACAUCAGGGUCUCAGCAAGGUUUGAUUAUCAGCCGGAUAUAUGUAAAGAUUACAAAGAGACCGGUUACUGUGGUUAUGGAGCUUCUUGCAAGUUUAUGCAUGAUCGAGGGGAUUACAAGUCUGGAUGGCAAAUGGAGAAGAAGUGGGAUGAGGCAGAGAAGGCAAGGAAGAGGAAAUUAGCUAUGGGUGCGUUGGCCAAGGAGGAAGGUGAAUUUGAUGAAGCCAAUGAUGAUGACGACGAUGAUGACGACGAUGCGCUGCCAUUUGCAUGUUUCAUUUGUAGGGAGCCUUUUGAAGAUCCUGUUGUGACCAAGUGCAAGCAUUACUUCUGUGAACAUUGUGCUCUAAAGCAUCAUUCCAAGAACAAGAAAUGCUUCGUCUGCAACAAGACGACACUGGGUAUUUUCAACACUGCUCAUGAAAUACGCAAGAGGAUGGCAGAGGCGAACAAAUGA